AUGAGAAGCACGGCGCUGGUGGCGCUCAUCCUGUUGGUGUCAGCGUAUGCGGCGCGCGCGCAGCUCCGGCCUGCAGACGCGCCGCCUGCUGUUAACGACACGAGAUGCGGCACAGAAUGCGUACGGUGCGCGGUAGACGGUUGCGUGAAGUGCACGAAACUGCUGAUGUGGCCGGAGGGAACAUGUACGCAGGCCUGCCCAACAGGCACGCGCGAGUCCUGGGCGCACGAUGAUCGGCUUAUGGGCCGCGUUUGCUACCCGGCACACACCUACAACGAGGUUCUCGUCGGAGGUGCAUGCGGUGCCGUUGCCUGUAUAGCACUGAUAGCAGCUGGGGCGGCUUACGCGAAAUGCCGUUCGUCUGCGCGGGCGCAAGCCCAGCCGCUGCCGCAGCGGCCGAGGCACGACGAUGACACGCAUCUAAGAGAAUUCCACAAACAACUCGACUGCUUAAGACCACACGCUUACACUUUGCUGGCUAUACUGAAUCACACACGGAAUCAAGUGAGAGAGCUCUAUCAACUAGGCAACAACGACGCUGCUAUGGCUUACAGUUGUGUUCUGAGCGAUUUGGCAAAGUUACUCAUCUUGCUCAACAAGCAGCAUGUACCAGUUGUUCCAGAAGAAUGGCCUCGGUUAUCUAGCUGGGCUGAAAGAAUAUUAAAACGCUACAGUCGAGCGGCCGUCACUCAGCCGCAACAAGAAGGUCAGCUCGUGAAUUUCAUCGAACCUCCAGCCAGUCAAGGGUCCGACUCGGAAGCAACCCAGCAAUCCUUCUCGACCUUUAAACCUCCAUCCUAUUCCCCCACUUCUUACGACAGCAAUAUAGACAAGGAGAGCCAUUGCGAGUGGAGCGACGUUGGUAGACCGCCGAGCUACACUCAAAUCGAGAGGGAGAGAGACAGAGAAACAAUUGUUCUCUCAGACCCUUGGGAGAGAAGACCGAUUGUGAGACGAGAGAGCGUGUGGCUCGAAGAUGAGCUGUUCGAAAUGACAAGGCGACCGCAAGACGAACUUACUACCGAACUUUAACUGUAUUUAGUUUAGCAUAAUUAUUUAACCUUACAAGGCAUUAAGAAGGUUAUGUAAAUAAUACCUUUAAUGAUUAAUUAUUAUUAUUGUAAUCAGCCAGAGGCCGAACUGUGAACUUUAUAACUUUAGCUAUCCUAACUAAUGUUACAAAUAUGAAAGUACCUAAGUUUUUUUUUUCUUACUUUUUCUCGUCUAAACGUCGAUUAUCAGUAAGUCGAUUAUCAUAAAUUUUGACAUUGAUAUAUAGGAGCUGAAUUAUAGACUACUACUUUUACUCGAUAUAACAUAAUUUGAUUAUUGCACUCAGACGAAGUCGCAGGCACCGCACUAGUAAUAGCAUAAAAGAAGGAAAUUCUGAAAAGUGUUGGAUCGCUGAAAACGUAGCAUGAAUAAAAUGAUAACUACCUAUAUAUUGAUUUCCUACCAAUUAUUUUUUACUCUCCGUUAAUGUGCCUAUGUACAUAUUUUAUUUUAAGUAACAACAUAAUUUUAUUCAGAUUUGUAAAAGUACAAACACUGAUUUGAUAAGAGAUGUUAUUAAAUUAUAUAAGCCAAAUGGUGCUUACGAUGUUUCAAAAUAUUUAGACUAUAAUUUAGCGGUUAUGAGCACAGUGCCUAAAAUGCAAGAUGCCAUUGCUGCAAAAAUGCCUAACACAUCAAUAGACUAAGGCCCAUAUUAUAGAAAGAUUCUCAGUGAUAGAUCUAGUCUUGAGCAUAGUUAGAAAGGGAUAUCGCUAUAUAUAGCACAUAGCGACAUCCCUUUCUAACUGUACUCAAGUAAAGAUCAACACUAGUUGUCAUUUUGUAAUACGGGCCUAAGAAACAGAUUGCCUACCCACAAUGCCUAGACAUUGUAAUUGCCUAAAUAUUAUUUCGUCUACAAAUCGAAAUACCUAAAAUGCAGUAUGCCUAAUGCCACGGUUCCCAACUUAGGGGUUUUGCCCCCAGAUUUAGGGGCUAGAAGUGUUAAAACGGACUUUUUUAGGGGCUGGAAUUUUUUGGGGGUUCUUUUAGGGGCCUUUUAUCAAAACUUUCAAUUAAAUCGAAAAACAAGUUCAGUUUUUUGCGUAGAAUGGAACGCACCAAUGAAAUGACUGAACUGACUGUGUGGCGGGUCGUUUCCUAAGACUGUAUGGACUAAAGUUAAAAAACAGCUAAAUAAGAUUUAACAGCCUGUCAGCUCAUUUUCGUUUGAUUGUCCUUUGGGAAACUGUAUUUAUUCAAUAAAAUAAUUUACUAUAACUAAAUAUGUAAAGUUUUUAUUUAUGAGCAACGAAAGAAAUUGGGUAAUACGUAGGUACAUAUAAAUUUCUAUAUUUAGGGGAUUUUAGGGGAAUUUAAAAAAUACUUAGGGGAAAAUUUUGGUAAGGGUUGGUAACACUACCUAAUGCGCAAGUUUGUUUGGAAACUCUUGUUGUAAAGG